AUGACUGAACGACUUAGGAGCUACAAAGACCUUAGCAAAUAUCUCAAGGAUGUCGGUACAUCGGUAACAAUUUCUUCUACUUACAUGAUUGCUGUCCAAGAUAUCUUCGCAAGGGAUAUUAUGGAGGACGAUUUGCCAGAUUUCGACGAUGAUCUAGAGGAGGAGGAAGCAGCCGUGCUCUUUGCCAUUGGGGCUGUUAAUGUAUUGGCCAGACGCGGACUUCCGGCAUCAGCUUCGACAGGUUUGAAUGCUGCAUUAAGCAUGAGCAGAGAUACCUUCGAAGCAAUUGUUCGGUUGCUCGAAGCUGAUCCGAUUUUUCAAUCGAAAGGGCGCAAGCCUCAACGUCCCGUUCGUAUGCAGCUUGCGUGCUUUCUCAUGCGCUAUGGAACACGAGGAUCAGAUGCACGGGGAGCAGCACACCGGAUGGGAAUUGGGUUUGGCACGGUAUUUCUGUAUUGUCGUCGAGUUGCGAAAGCGCUACGGCGUUUAGGUUUGGAUUAUGCGCAGUGGGGUGGGGAAGAUCGCCGAGAGAGAACGGCCACAAAUAUCGAGGCCAUGUCUGGGUUUCCAAACUGUAUUGGCGUUGUUGACGGGACAUUGAUCCGCCUCACCGGUGCACCACAGAAUACUGGAGGUAUCUUUUACUGUCGCAAAAAGUUCCCAGCGAUCACGGUCCAAGCAGUUGUUGAUGAGUUUUGUCGCUUUCUCAACUUUGAGCUUGGGUGGCCCGGCUCUGUUCCCGACUCCUCAAUGUGGAAACAGUCUUGGGUGUGGCUUAAUCGUGUUGAUCUGUUUGGGGAGGAUCAAUACGUGAUGGGUGACAAAGUGAGGCCAUUCAACGAGAACGAGAUCUCUCAUGCCGCUGAUGGAGCCGAGCGCAAGCGCAUGCGAUCCUUCAACAAGGAGCUUUCCGGUGUUCGUGCAUGGGUAGAGCAGGCCUUUGGAAGAUUAAAGGCUCGCUUUCCAUCGCUCAAGGAGAUCGGCACACCCGACGAUAUGAGCGAACUUUACAAUGCUGUCGCUGCAAUGAUGAGCGGGAUCGGGAGCGUGAUGUUGAAGAGGCACUUGAGAGAGCACGAGCAGGCUUAG